UGGAAGGGUUGGGGGACUUGCAGCCUGAACUUCACAGGCUGCAUUCAUUGCAGUAUAAGGUGCAGAUGGGAAUGGGCGAGGAUAUGGACAUAGCCCGCCUGUCCACAUUCGUAAUGACGUUGUCAAAACAAGUCAAUGAUAAUUAAUGUUCAGUGAAAUGUAGUAACGUUGACAUUCAGUCAACAAACCAAUAACAGGAGGCCCUUUUACAUUUUCUGGUAAGGUACGCUUAUCGGGCUAGUUACAGCUAGCUCGCUAUUAGUAGGGUACCUGAUGCACACAGGCUAAUGCUAUGGUUAGCCGGCUAACAUCUCACUGACAGGGCCUUUUUUAACAGGUGAGUUCAACGAGGCUAGCUCAUAGCUAACGUUACAUGGGUUCUGGGAUAACGUCUUGCUACAUCGGUCCAGUGUUGCUUACAGUUGACGUUCAGAUGGGUCCAGAGUGACAUGCCAUGGCUUUGAUGAUACCCCCAGUGAAACUCAAAUGGCUGGAGCACCUGAACAGCUCAUGGAUCACAGAGGACAGCGAGUCCAUAGCUACACGAGAGGGAGUCUCUGUGCUCUACUCCAAGCUGCUGGCGAACAAAGAGGUGGUGUUGCUGCCCCAGCAGGUGUUGUGCCUGAAAGGCCCCCAACUUCCAGACUUUGAGCGUGAAUCCCUCUCCAGUGAUGAGCAGGAACACUACCUGGACGCGCUACUUGGUAGCCAACUGGCUCUGGCCAAAAUGGUGUGCUCCGACUCGCCAUUUGCCGCUGCACUGCGCAAGCGUCUGCUGGUGCUUCAAAGGAUCUUUUACGCGCUAUCUAACAAGUACCACGACAAGGGCAAGGUCAAGCAGCAGCAACAUUCUCCGGAUAACGGAUCGGGCUCAGCAGACAUGCACACAGUCAGCGAGCGGCCACGUUCCAGCACCGAUGCCCUGAUUGAGAUGGGUGUUCGCACGGGCCUAAGCCUCCUCUUUGCUCUGCUCCGGCAGAGCUGGAUGAUGCCCCCUCCACCAAACCCGAGCGGACACCCGGGAGGCAACGUAAACCUGUGUAACAACGUCAUACACACUGCCAUUGACGUGGUUAGCUCCUUACCCCCCCUCUCUCUGGCCAACGAGAGCAAGAUCCCCCCCAUGGGCUUGGACUGCUUGGCCCAGGUGACCUCCUUCCUCAAAGGGGUGACCAUGCCAAACUCCGGGGCAGAUAUUCUGGGACGCCGGCUUGCAUCGGAGCUGCUGUUGGGCCUUGCCUCCCAGAGGGGCUCCCUGCGGUACCUGCUAGAGUGGAUUGAGAUGGGCUUGGCUGCAUCAGCGGUGGUUUGUUCCAUGGAAAAAAGCACAGUGCUGCAGAACCAAGAGGGACUCAUUGGCUACGACUGCUUCAUGAACAUCCUGAUGCAGAUGAGACGUUCCCUGGGCUCCUCUGCAGAUCGAAGCCAGUGGCGGGAGCCUCUACGCACCUCUGAUGGACUAUGCUCGCUGUACGAGGCCUCGCUUUGCCUUUUUGAGGAAGUAUGUAGAAUGGCAUCAGACUACUCUCGCACCUGUGUCAGCCCAGACAGCAUACAGACAGGGGAUUCUCCCCUGGUGUCGGAGACCUGUGAGGUCUACGUUUGGGGGAGUAACAGCAGCCACCAACUGGUGGAGGGUACCCAGGAAAAGAUCCUCCAGCCCAAGUUGGCGCCCAGCUUUGCAGAUGCACAGACAAUUGAGGCAGGCCAGUACUGCACCUUUGUGAUCUCUUCCGAUGGCUCUGUGCGGGCAUGUGGAAAGGGAAGCUACGGCCGUCUAGGUUUGGGGGACUCUAACAACCAGUCCACGCUCAAGAAGCUGACCUUUGAACCCCAUCGUUCCGUAAAGAAAGUGUCGUCUUCCAAGGGCUCCGACGGCCACACGCUGGCCUUCACCACGGAGGGAGAGGUAUUCAGCUGGGGUGACGGGGACUACGGAAAGCUAGGCCACGGUAACAGCUCUACACAGAAGUACCCCAAGCUGAUUCAAGGUCCACUGCAGGGCAAGGUGGUGGUGUGUGUGUCUGCCGGCUACAGACACAGUGCUGCGGUCAGCGAGGGUGGAGAGCUCUACACGUGGGGCGAAGGAGAUUUUGGAAGAUUAGGGCAUGGCGACAGCAACAGCCGUAACAUUCCCACCUUGGUGAAAGAUAUCAGCAACGUGGGCGAGGUGUCGUGUGGGAGCUCUCACACAAUCGCAUUGUCAAAGGACGGGCGCACAGUGUGGUCCUUUGGUGGUGGGGACAACGGGAAGCUGGGCCAUGGUGACACCAACCGGGUGUAUAAGCCCAAAGUCGUUGAAGCCUUGCAGGGAAUGUUCAUCAGGAAAGUGUGUGCAGGGAGUCAGUCUUCUCUGGCCUUGACCUCCACCGGACAGGUGUAUGCAUGGGGCUGUGGUGCCUGUUUGGGCUGUGGCUCUUCUGAAGCAACCUCUCUCAGGCCGAAGCUGAUUGAGGAGCUGGCUACUACCAGAUUGGUGGAUAUCUCCAUAGGGGACAGCCACUGUCUGGCCCUGUCACACGACAAUGAAGUUUAUGCAUGGGGGAACAACUCCAUGGGCCAGUGUGGCCAGGGGAACUCUACCGGCCCGAUCACCAAGCCCAAGAAGGUCGUCGGACUGGACGGGGUCGCGGUACAGCAGAUCUCAGCGGGCACCUCCCACAGCCUGGCCUGGACCGCCCUGCCCAGAGACAGGCAAGUGGUGGCGUGGCACAGGCCCUACUGCGUGGACCUAGAAGAAAGCACUUUCUCCCACCUGCGCUCCUUCCUGGAGCACUACUGUGACGGGAUCAACAGUGACGUGCCACCCUUGCCCUUCCCCUCUUCCAGAGAGCAUCAGAACUUCCUCAAACUCUGCCUGCGGUUAUUGUCCAAUCACCUGGCUCUUGCCCUGGCUGGGGGCGUGGCCACCAGUAUUCUGGGCGGUCAAGCCAGGCCUCUGCGCAACCUGCUCUUCAGGCUCAUGGACUCGUCUGUUCCAGAUGAGAUCCAGGAGGCAGUUAUUGAGACCCUGUCGGUUGGGGCCACCAUGCUACUGCCCCCCCUCAGGGAGCGGAUGGAGCUGCUGCACGCGCUGCUGCCCCAGGGCCCAGACCGCUGGGAGAGUCUCUCCAAAGGACAGAGGAUGCAGCUGGAUAUCAUCCUGACCAGUCUGCAGGACCACACCCACGUGGCCUCCCUGCUGGGCUACAGCUGUCCCGGCGACGGCCCCGAGGCCCUCUCCUCCGUCCUGGGCUUCGGCGGCGCCCAGGAGGCCUCGUACGGCAGCGCGGCCAGCCACCCGGACACCCACCUGGCAGAGAUCCUGAUGAAGACUCUGCUGAGGAACCUGGGCUUCUACACCGACCGGGCCUUUGGCGAGCUGGAGAAGAACAGUGAUAAACUGCAGCAGGGCAUGUCCUCCUCAGACAGCAGCCAGCCUGCGCACCUCCACCAACUUCUGUGCUCCCUGCAGAAGCAGCUUCUGGCCUACUGCCACAUCAACUCGGUGAAUGAGAACUCGAGCAGCGUGGCUCUGCUCCACAAACACCUGCAGCUCCUGCUGCCCCAUGCCAAAGACAUCUUUUCCCGCUCGUCCGCCCUUAUUAAGGAGAGCUCCUGGAACGGCAGUAUCAGGGAGAAGCUUCAAGAAGUGAUCUACAUGUCGGCGGCAGGCAGUAUGCUCUGUCAGAUCGUCAACUCUCUGCUGCUGCUGUCCGUGUCUGUGGCCCGGCCUCUGCUGGGCUACCUGCUGGACCUGCUGUCUCCCCUGGACCGCCUCAACCGGCUGCUGCCUGCUGCCUCCCCCCUGGAGGACCAGGAGCUGCAUUGGCCCCUCCACGGCACCCCAGACUUUGCAGAGCCUGCCGUGGGGGCGUCCCUGGCCCAGCCGGCCCUGUCCUGGGUGUGGCUGGUGGACCUGGAGAGAACGGCUGCCCUGCUGGUGGGCCGCUGUCUGGGGGGCAUGCUGCAGGGCGAGCCCACAUCUCUGGAGGAGCACGACACGGACUACUGGCUCCGAACGCCCCUGUUCAGCAACGGCCUGGAGAUGGACACCAAACUGUUGGACCCCUGCAUCACCUCCUUCCUGGAGGCAGCACUGUCCGGCAACGAGGAGCAGAAGCCCCUUGACUGCACUCUGUGUCCAGACCUGAGCGUCCUUGCAGACUUGGCUCUGGGCUCCACCAAAGAGCCUAGCAACAGCCUCUGGGUCAACAUGCAAGACUAUGCACUCAGCAAAGACUGGGACAACGCCUCUCUCAGUAAUGAGUCCCUGUUGGACACGGUGUCCAGGUUCGUGCUGGCAGCUCUGCUGAAACACACAGCCCUCCUGGGGCAGGCCUGCGGAGAGGGAAGGUACCAGCCCUGUAAGGCUCUGGCAGAGGUGUACCGCAGUGUGUACAAAGUACGAAACCGUCUGCUGGCGUGUAAGAACAUGGACUUCAUCCAGACCCGCUCCUCCUCGCGAGAGACCCGAAUCUCUGAGAACCAGGACUCUCUGGACGCGGACCCCCAGGAGUUCUCGUUCCAACACACCAUCGACGAGGUGGAGGAGCGCGAGGAGCGGGAGGACCGCGAGAGGGACCAGGGCCACCAGGAGCAGGACGACGAGGAGGAGGACCGGGACCACGAAGUGAUGACCGCUGGCAAAAUCUUUCAAUGUUUCCUCUCAGCACGCGAGGCGGCCCGCGGCCGCGAGAGAGAGAGGGCCAGCAGCAGCGGCGGCGGCGGCGGCGGCGGCAGCGGCGGCCUGGGCCCCUGCUCGGGCUCAAGGGGGGGAGAGGAGGAGGCCCCCGGCUCCCAGGAGGAGAGGAGGGGCAGCGCCGGGCCCCCCGAGGGCCAGGACCUCUACACAGCCGCCUGCAACUCAGUGAUCCACCGCUGCGCUCUGCUGCUGCUGGGGGUGAGCCCGGUCCUGGGCGACCCCAGCAGGCAGGGCCUGGAGGAGGAGCAGGUCCAGUCGGCCGGCGGGGGGGCACAGGAGGGCCUGAUCUUCAUGACCAGGAGUGAGAGUCUGAGUGCAGAGAGCCACUCUGUGCAAAGCAGUCCCAGCUUCAGGUUGCUCAAGACUCGGAGCGAGUCAGACCUCUCCCAGCCCGAGUCAGACGAAGAGAGUUGCGCCCUGAGUGGCAGGAGAAAUGUUGACCUGGACCUGGCCUUCUCUCACAAAAAAAGAGGCCUGCUGUACAGCUCUCCAGACUCCCUGGCCGAGUCAUGGUUCCGGGCCAAGCUGAGUCGCAAGCGGAGCUAUAGCUCGGCCCUGUCCUACGAGGACUCUGAGCUGGAGCUGAGCCGCUCGCUGGGCGUGCACGCCCUCAUCGACAACAUGGUGAGCUUCAUCAGCGGCGACGUAGGCCUGGCACCCGCCUUCAGGGAGCCCGACGAGGGCAUGUCCACCAGCCCCCAGGCCACCGUGCUGGCCAUGGAGCAGCAGCAGAGGAGGGCAGAGUUGCGGUUGGAAGCACUGCACCAGAUCGUGGUGCUUAUCUCUGGCAUGGAGGAGAAGGGCAGCCAGGAGGGCCCGGUCCUGGGCCGCUCCAGCGCCGCCUUCCAGUCCUCCACCCUGCUCACCUCGGUGCGACUGCAGUUCCUGGCCGGCUGCUUCGGCCUGGGCACGGUGGGCACCGGAGGGCUCAAGGGAGACGUUCAGCUGCACCACUACCAGGAUGGUGUGAAAGCUGCAAAGAGGAGCCUUCAGAUGGACAUCCAGACUGCUGUACACAAGAUCUACCAGCAGUUAUCUGUCACACUGGAGAGGGCCCUGCAGGCCAACAAGCACCAUAUAGAAGCUCAGCAGCGCCUCCUGCUAGUCACUGUCUUUGCGCUGAGCGUGCGCUACCAGCCGGUGGACGUGUCCCUGGCCAUCUCCAGCGGGCUGCUCAACGUGCUGUCCCAGCUGUGCGGCACAGAGACCAUGCUGGGUCAGCCACUGCAGCUGCUGCACAAGCCUGGAGUGUCCCAGCUCAGCACGGCCCUCAAGGUGGCCUCAACGCGCCUACUGCAGAUCCUGGCCAUCAGCACUGGGACAUAUGCAGACAAGCUGGGUCCCAAGGUUGUCCAGUCUCUGUUGGACCUGCUCUGCAGUCAGCUGAAGAACCUGCUAUCCCAGGCUGGCGUCAGCUUGCUCUCCUCUGGAAGGGACCAAGAAGACACCAAACAAGACGAUGGUGCUGACGCAGACAAAAAAGACAUCAGAGCUCUGCUUCGGAAGCAGCACACGGCCGAGCUGCACCUAGGAGACUUCCUGGUCUUCCUCAGGAGAGUGGUGUCUUCCCAGGCCAUCCAGGCCAAGAUGGCCUCCCCCAAAUGGACAGAAGUCUUGCUUAAUAUCGCAGCCCAGAAAUGCUGCUCAGGAGUCCCUCUUGUGGGGAACUUGAGAACUCGACUCCUUGCCCUCCAUGUCUUGGAGGCCGUAUUGCCUGCCUGCGAGGCCAAUGUAGAGGAUGACCAAAUCACCCAGGUGGUGGAGCGUCUGUUCUCCCUGCUGUCCGACUGCAUGUGGGAGGCCCCCGUGGCCCGGGCCAAGCACACCAUCCAGGUCAAAGAGAGUGUGCAGGAGCUCAAGCUCCAGGGUGACGCUGAGGAGGAGGAUGAGAACCUGCCCAUCCAGGAAGUGUCCUUUGACCCGGAGAAGGCCCAGUGUUGUGUGGUGGAGAACAGCCAGGGGCUGACCCACGGCAGCGGGGGCAAAGGCUACGGUCUGGCCUCCACAGGGAUCUCCUCUGGAUGCUAUCAAUGGAAGUUUUACAUCGUGAAGGAGAACCGGGGCAACGAGGGCACAUGCGUCGGCGUUUCCCGCUGGCCCGUGCACGACUUCAACCACCGCACAACCUCGGACAUGUGGCUGUACCGCGCCUACAGUGGCAACCUCUACCACAACAGCGAGCAGACGCUCACCCUCAGCAGCUUCACGCAGGGGGACUUCAUCACCUGCGUGCUGGACAUGGAGGCCCGCACAAUCUCCUUCGGCAAGAACGGCGAGGAACCCAAGUUGGCCUUUGAGGAUGUUGACGCCACUGAGCUCUACCCCUGUGUUAUGUUCUACAGCAGUAAUCCAGGGGAGAAGGUGAAGAUCUGCGACAUGCAGAUGCGCGGCACGCCCCGGGACCUGCUGCCGGGCGACCCGGUCUGCAGCCCCGUGGCCACGGUGCUGGCCGAGGCCACCACGCAGCUCAUCCGCAUCCUGCACCGCUCGGACCACUGGACACACCGCAUCAACAAGGUCAUGGUGGAGCGGCUCCACACCAUCAAGGCCUGCUUCCGGGAGUCGGCGACCGGCGGGGGCCAGAGGCUGAAGAAGAGCCGCUCGGUGCAGAGCCGCGAGGAGCACGACGCCCAGAGGGAGAGCCAGGAUGCCGCCGCCGCCGCCGCCGCCGCCCGCCAGGAGGAGCGGGGCCGGCAGGGCCGCCUCGGGGAGCUCUCGGAGCAGCACCUGCGGACGCUGUGCACCGAGGUGUGGCCCGUGCUGGCGGUGAUCGGCGGCACCGACGGCGGCCUGCGCGUCGGGGGCCGCUGCGUGCACAAGCAGACGGGACGGCACGCCACCCUGCUGGGCGUGGUGAAGGAGGGCAGCACCUCGGCCAAGGUGCAGUGGGACGAGGCGGAGAUCACCAUCAGCUUCCCAACUUUCUGGUCGCCUAGUGACACUCCGCUGUACAACCUGGAGCCCUGCGAGCCGAUGCCCUUCGACGUGGCGCGCUUCCGCGGCCUGACCGCCGCGUUGCUUCUCGACAUCACCUACCUCACUAGCGUCCAGGAGGACGCCGCCGCCGCCAAGCUGGGCCUGCGGCGCCAUGACAAGAGGCACCGCAGCGCCACGUCGGCGGGCCCUGAGUCGGCGGGCAGCGACGACCGGCCCGAGGCCGAGCAGCAGCAGCAGCAGCAGCAGCGGCAGCAGCGGGCUGACUCUGCCAAGGACCCUGCCCCCUUGGUCGCUGUGCCUGCAUCGGACCUGCGGGUCUCCCACAGCCUGGACGAGGUGAAGACGCACGCCGCGCCCAACUCCCUGUCAGACAACGACAUCUCUCUUUACGCCACGGGGUCUCCACAGCAGCCCCCGCAGGCCGGCGGGCCGGUGGCCAGCGAGAGCGUCCUGGCUCCCGGGUCGCCUCACCAGCCCCCCGGCGGGGAGGGCAUCAGGAGAAGGGUCCAUGAGCACGGUGGACGCGGCCACGACGCCUCGCUCUCGGCGCAGUCUGAAAUGCACGCGGUGCAGUUGUCCUAUCUCUACCUGGGGGCCAUGAAGACCCUGAGCUCCUUGCUCAGCUGCAGCAAGUAUGCAGAGCUGCUGCUCAUACCCAAGGUGCUACCAGAGGCUGCGGCCAGCCGGCACAACGCCGACCUCAACUCUAACUCCGGCCCCGCUGCGACCGCCACGUCCCCCGUGUGCCAGGAGGAGGUGGAGAUGCGUGCGGCGCUGCAGUACCUCAUGCGACACAUGGUGAAGCGCGCGGUGAUGCGGUCGCCCAUCAAGAGGGCUCUUGGCCUGGGGGACCUGGAGCGCGCCCAGGCCAUGGUCUACAAGCUGGUGGUCGGCGGGCUGCUGGAGGAGCCCAGCGGAGCCAAGGCCAAGGGUGGAGGGGUGCGGACCGAGCCGGAGGGGGAGGGGGAAGGUACUGAGGGGGACCCGCUGGCCCAGACCCCGGUGACCACCAGCCCCUCGGCCUCCAGCACCACCUCCUUCAUGAGCUCCUCUCUGGAGGACACCACCACGGCCACCACGCCCGUCACCGACACGGAGACCGCCCCGCCCACCGAGUCUCCGGGCGUCAUGCCCCUCAGCCUCCUCAGGCAAAUGUUUUCCAGUUAUCCAACUACCACCGUUCUCCCCAACCGCUGUGCUCAGACCCCCCCCGUCUCCUCUCUACCCACCUCCCCAUCAGACGAGGUCUGUCGCAGGCAGAGCCUCACCUCUCCUGACACACAGCCCUCUAGGAACCAGAACAGGACCGGUACCUCUCUCUCGGACCCCAGCAGCCGACUGUCAACCUCCCCCCCUCCACCGGCCAUCGUGCCCUUGUUGGAGAUGGGCUUCUCCCUGAAGCAGAUCACCAAGGCUCUGGAAGCUACUGGGGCCCGCGGCGAGGCGGACGCCCAGAACAUCACGGUGCUGGCCAUGUGGAUGAUCGAGAACCCCGGCACGGAGGAGGAGGACGGGCAGCGCUCCACCGGCGGCGGCGGGGGCUCCUGCCACGGAGCCACCGGCAAGUCCCUGGACAGGACCCCCUACCUGUGCUCCCCCGGGGACAUGUCCACCGCGGACCCCAGCGAGCUGGAGGAGGGCUUCAGCGAGAGUCCCGAUGUCCUGGAGCAGGAGAGUGCGUCGGCCUCCAGCGGCCCUCCCACAAGGGGGCGCUCUGCUGUCAGCAGGAAGCACCGCUUCGACCUGGCCGCACGCACCCUGCUCGCUCGAGCUGCCGGUCUGUACCGCUCGGUUCAGGCCCACCAGAGCCAGUCGCGGCGCGAGGUGUCUGCCCUGCAGCAGCAGCAGGACCCUGGCGCCCUAUAUGACUUCAGCCUGGAUGAGGAGCUGGAGAUGGACCUGGACGAGGAGACGAUGGAGGCCAUGUUCGGCCAGGACUUGGCCAGUGACACAGACAUUCUGGGAAUGUGGAUCCCAGAGGUAUUGGACUGGCCAACAUGGCACGUGUGUGAGACGGAGGAGCGAGAUGAGGUGGUGGUGUGUGAGCUGUGCGAGGCCAGCGUGGCCAACUUCAACCAGCACAUGAAGAAGAGCCACCCGGGCUGUGGCCGCAGCGCCAACCGGCAGGGUUACCGUAGCAACGGCUCCUACGUGGACGGCUGGUUCGGGGGCGAGUGCGGCAGCGGCAACCCCUACUACCUACUGUGCGGCGGCUGCAGGGAGAAGUACCUGGCUGCCAAGAGCAAGGCCAAGGUGCCGUCCGUGGAGAGAUACAAAGGUCAGGCUCCCGACCUCUUGGGAAAACAGGACAGCGUCUAUGAAGAGGACUGGGACAUGCUGGACGUGGACGAAGACGAGAAGCUGACCGGGGAGGAGGAGUUUGAGAUGCUGGCCGGCCCCCUGGGUCUCGGCGAGCGACGCCUUGUCCCGGAGGCUGUCCAGUUCCCCGACAGCGACCCGCUGGGAGCCUCCGUUGCCAUGGUGACGGCCACCAACAGCAUGGAAGAGACACUUCUGCAAAUUGGAUGUCAAGGCUCUGUAGAGAAGAGCUCCUCCGGUAGGGUGACUCUGGGGGAGCAGGCUGCGGCCAUCCAGAGCCCCCACGACCGGGUCAUGGCCCUGCGUCGGGUGACGGCCGCAGCACAGGUCCUGCUGGCCCGCACCAUGGUCAUGAGGGCCCUGUCGCUGCUCUCCGUCAGUGGCUCCAGCUGCAGUCUGGCGGCGGGCCUGGAGUCCCUGGGUUUGACCGACAUCAGAACGCUGGUGAGGCUCAUGUGUCUCGCGGCGGCGGGGCGCGCCGGCCUGUCCACCAGCCCCCCCACGGGCUCGGGCCCCGCAGAAAGGCCUCGUGGGGCGAGCAAGGCCAGCAAGCCCAUCUCCUGCCUGGCCUACCUCAGCACCGCUGUGGGCUGCCUGGCCUCCAACAGCCCUAAUGCGGCUAAGUUGCUGGUGCAACUCUGCACUCAGAACCUGAUCUCAGCUGCCACGGGCAUGAACCUGACCACCGUUGACGACCCCAUUCAGCGGAAGUUCCUGCCUAGCUUCCUGCGGGGCGUGGCAGAAGAGAACAAGCUGGUCACGUCGCCCAACUUCGUGGUGACCCAGGCGCUGGUGGCCCUGCUGGCGGACAAAGGGGCCCGGCUUAGGCCCGCGUACGACAAGACAGACAUUGAGAAAAGAGGUUUAAUUGCGCAUUUAUAUGCCCAUCCUUCCUACAAUGCUCCUGCUGUAGGAGCCCUGGAGCUGGCCAACGCUCUGGCCGCGUGCUGCCUCUCCUCCAGGCUCUCCUCCCAGCACCGCCAGUGGGCGGCGCAGCAGCUGGUGCGCACGCUGGCCGCGCACGACCGCGACAACUGUCACGCCCAGCCCCUGACCCUGGCUGACAUGGCGGGGGAUCUGCGCAAGUGUCCCAUGGUGAAGCUGGAGGCCCAUCAGAGUCGGGUCAUUACAUUAGGCUGGUGCAGUACCAAAGGACUUUUAGCCACGAGCGGCAGUGAUGGGACGGCUAGGCUGUGGAAUGUAACCAAGAACCAGUACACCCUGCAGCAGACCUGCGUCUUCAACAAGACUGACAGCUCUUCAGAGGAGGGGUUGAAUUCCCUGGGCUCUCCUGGUGAACACUGCUUGGCCUCGCUGGCCUGGAGCCUAAACGGCAAAUACCUGGCCUCCGCCAUGGAGAAAAUGGUCAAUAUCUGGCAGGUCAACGGUGGUAAGGGCAUCUUGGACGUCCAGCCCCACUGGGUAUCCGCCCUGGCCUGGCCUGAGGGCGAGGCCGUCUCCCUGUGGUGCGGUGAGCCCAAGGACCUGCUGCUGGUGGGCCGCAUGGAUGGCUCCUUGGGGCUCAUCGAGGUGCUGGACGCUUCCACCAUGCAGCGCACGGAGCUGGGCCACUGCUGCAGGAAAGACGUGGCCGUGAUGCAGAUAGCGUGGUUCAGUGAGGACAAGCCAUUUGCUGUGGGCUACGCUGAUGGAAAGCUGCUCAUCGGAUCCAAAGAGCCCUUGGAAAAGGGAGCCAUCGUGGUGAUUGACGCACAUAAGGAGUCCAUCACCAGCAUGAAGUGGGAUGCCAGUGGUCGGCUGCUGCUGACCUGUGCCAAAGAAGAGACUGUGAAGCUGUGGGCCAGCCCAGACUCUGAGUCAGGCUCACGCUCUGGCUGGUACUGCCUGCAGAGCCUCAGCCACCCCUCCGUGGUGAACAGCGUGGCCUGGUGUAGCCUGCCUGGACGAGCUCCCAAGCCUCGCAGCAUGCUAGCCACAUGCUGUCAGAAUGGCCUUGUCUUGGUUUGGACAGUUCCCCAAAACCCGUCUGACUUCCCAGACUCCUGUUCCUCCGGAUCAGAGGGAUGCUGGGAGAAUGAGCAAAAACCUAAGUUUAAGUAUUGGCGGCGGUCAGGGCGAGGCGCCCACUGUGUUUUCCAGCUGAAGGGACACAUCACACCCGUGAGGACGGUGGCCUUCAGUCCUGACGGCCUGGCCCUGGCUUCUGGAGGAGUGGGGGGGCUGAUGAACAUCUGGUCCUUGAGGAACGGAUCAGUGCUUCAGACUGUUGUUGCCGGAUCGGGUGCCAUUCAGAACAUUGUCUGGAUCCCAGAUGUGGGCGUGGCCGUCUGCUCCAAUAGGUCGAAGGAUGUGCUGGUAGUGAACUGCUCCCCAGAGUUCAUGGCCUCUAACCAUGUGCUGGCCACGUGCCGCUCCGCCAUGAGGAGACAGGGGGUGGUCGGCCUCAACAUGGCCCCCUGCAUGAGGGCCUUCCUGGAGCGCCUGCCCAUCAUGCUGCAGGAACAGUACACCUACGAGAAGCCCCACGUGGUUUGCGGGGAGCAGCUGGUCCAUAGCCCCUACAUGCAGUGCCUGGCCUCCCUGGCCGUGGGCCUCCACCUGGAUCAGCUGCUGUGCCAGCCCCCAGUGGCGCCCCACCUCCGCCACUGUGCGACCCCUGAGUCGGGCACGGCUGUGUGGUGUGCCAGCGACUGGGCGUGGCUAGACUGCUUCUCCACCACCGUGAAGGCGGCCGAGGCCCUGGCCCGUGGCGCCACCUUCCCAGAGUCCUUCAGUGUGCCCGACAUGGAGCCCGUGCCCAGAGACGAGAUGGCCCUGCUCAUGGAUAACAGCAAGUGGGCUUCUGGAUUGGAUGAACAGAUCAUGUCCUGGGCCACUUUCAGACCAGAGGACUGGCAUCUUGGAGGCAAGUGUGACGUCUAUCUGUGGGGUGCCGGAAGACACGGCCAGCUGGCAGAGGCUGGCAGGAACAUCCUGGUGCCAAUUACAGCUCCCUCCUUCUCCCAGGCCCAACAGGUGGUGUGUGGUCAGAACUGCACGUUCGUCAUCCAGCCCAACGGAACCGUGCUGGCCUGCGGGGAGGGAAGCUACGGCCGCCUGGGCCAGGGCAACUCGGACGACCUGCACGUUCUCACCGUCGUCUCUGCCCUGCAAGGCUUUGUGGUGACCCAGCUGGUGACGUCGUGCGGCAGCGACGGUCACUCCAUGGCGCUAACGGAGAGCGGAGAGGUGUUCAGCUGGGGUGACGGGGACUACGGGAAGCUGGGCCACGGCAACAGUGACCGCCAGCGUCGGCCGCGACAGAUAGAGGCCCUUCAAGGGGAGGAGGUGGUGCAGAUGUCCUGCGGGUUCAAGCACUCUGCUGUGGUGACGGCUGAUGGGAAGAUGUUCUCCUUUGGCAACGGUGACUACGGCAGACUGGGACUUGGCAACACGUCCAAUAAGAAGCUUCCGGAGAAGGUGUCCGCUCUGGAAGGCUACCAGGUUGGACAGGUGGCGUGUGGUCUGAACCACACCCUAGCUGUGUCAGCAGACGGGAUGAUGGUGUGGGCUUUCGGAGAUGGAGACUAUGGGAAACUGGGCCUGGGCAAUUCUACCGCCAAGUCGUCCCCUCAGAAAGUAGACGUACUUUGUGGAAUCGGCAUCAAGAAAGUAACCUGCGGAACCCAGUUUUCGGUAGCCCUUGCCAAAGACGGAAGCGUCUACACAUUUGGCCAAGACCGUCUGAUUGGCUUGCCUGAGGGCCGUGCCAGGAACCACAACAGACCCCAGCAGGUGCCCGCUCUGUCGGGGGUCUUCAUCCAGGACAUCGCCGUGGGCGCUGAGCACACCCUGGUGCUCUCCUCCACUGGGGAGGUCUACACAUGGGGAAGCAACUCUGAGGGACAGCUGGGACUGGGCCACACCAACCACGUCCGGGAGCCCACCCUGGCCACAGCCCUGCAGGGAAAGAGCAUCAGCCAGAUCUCUGCAGGGCGCUGCCACAGUGCUGCAUGGACUGCUCCCUGUGUACCGCUUAGAGCUCCAGGCUCCUCGGUGCCCCUGCAGCUGGGCCUGCCUGGGACCGUGCCCCCUCAGUACAGCGGGCUGAGGGAGGUGAGCAUGGAGGCGGUGAGGGCUCGCCUGCGCCUCCUGUACCACUUCUCCGACCUCAUGUACUCCUCGUGGCGGCUGCUCAACCUCAGCCCCAACAACCAGAGCUGCACCUCCCGCUACAACGCUGGCACCUGGGGCAUCGUCCAGGGCCAACUCAGGCCCCUGCUGGCCCCUAGAGUCUACACUCUGCCCAUGGUGCGCUCCAUAGGCAAGACCAUGGUGCAGGGCAAGAACUACGGCCCACAGAUCACCGUCAAGAGGAUCUCCACUCGGGGGCGCAAGUGCAAGCCCAUCUUUGUGCAGAUCGCCCGGCAGGUGGUGAAGCUCAAUGCCUCGGACCUGCGCCUGCCCUCCAGGGCCUGGAAGGUGAAGCUGGUGGGGGAGGGGGCCGACGACGCGGGGGGUGUGUUUGACGACACCAUCACAGAGAUGUGCCAGGAGCUUGAGACGGGGGUGGUGGACCUCCUCAUCCCCUCCCCCAACGCCACAGCGGAGGUGGGCUACAACAGAGACAGGUUCCUGCUGAGCCCCUCGGCGUGCCUGGAUGAGCACCUGCUGCAGUUCAAGUUCCUGGGCAUCCUGAUGGGCGUGGCCAUCCGCACCAAGAAGCCCCUGGACCUGCACCUGGCGCCCAUGGUGUGGAAGCAGCUGUGCUGCAUCCCCCUGCUGCUGGAGGACCUGGAGGAGGUGGACCUGCUCUACGUCCAGACGCUCAACAGCAUCCUCCACAUCGAGGACAGCGGCAUCACCGAGGAGAACUUCCAUGAGAUGAUUCCUCUGGACUCCUUCGUGGGACAAAGUGCAGAUGGCAAGAUGGUUCCAAUCAUCCCAGGGGGAAACAGUAUCCCUCUCACGUUUCCUAACAGAAAGGAGUAUGUAGAGCGAGCCAUCGAGUACCGGCUUCACGAAAUUGACCGACAAGUGGCGGCGGUGAGGGAGGGCAUGUCCUGGAUUGUGCCGGUGCCCCUGCUGUCCCUGCUGACGGCCAAGCAGCUGGAGCAGAUGGUUUGCGGCAUGCCGGAGAUCUGCUGCGACGUGCUGAAGAAGGUGGUGCGCUACCGUGAGGUGGACGAGCACCACGCCCUGGUGCAGUGGUUCUGGCAGACCCUGGGGGAGUUCUCCAACGAGGAGCGGGUGCUCUUCAUGCGCUUCGUGUCCGGUCGUUCGCGGCUGCCCGCCAACACAGCCGACAUCUCCCAGCGGUUUCAGAUCAUGAAGGUGGACCGGCCAUACGACAGCCUGCCCACCUCUCAGACCUGCUUCUUCCAGCUGCGCCUGCCCCCCUACUCCAGUCAGGCUGUGAUGGCCGAGAGGCUGCGCUACGCCAUCAACAACUGCCGCUCCAUCGACAUGGACAACUACAUGCUGUCCCGCAACGUGGACAACACAGAGGGCUCCGACACCGACUACUAACACACCCAUCACACACACCCCCAUAUCUUCUUCUUAUGAACACGCACACACUUCUCUUGACACACACAUACACCGUUCACAUGACACACACACAAAAUUUACAUGACACACACACACCAGAUUCACAUGACACAAACACACACACACACAAACACACACAUUUCACAUGACACACACAUAUACACUAUUCACAUGACACACCCAAGCACACAUAAUUUACUUGACACAGGUACAACAAACACACACACUUCACAUGACACACACACACUAUUCAAAUGACACACACACAAUUCACAUGACACACACACAAACACACAAUUCACAUGACACACACACACACUAAUCACAUGACACACACCCAAAAUUCAAAUGACACGCACACAAACACACAUAUCACAAACACAUACACACUUCACAUGACACACACACAUAUAUGAAACACACACUUGACACACAUGACACACGCACUUUACGUGACACACACAAUUCACGUGACACAAACAUGUACUCAAUUCUCCUCAAACACACAAUUCACACGACACACACAAAAUUCACCUGAAACACACAUCACAUGCAUACACAUAUAUGAAACACACACAUAAACACACAUGCACUCACAGUUCAUUUUAAGUCCAUGUCUAUGUACGGCCAGAACAUAAGUUCCUUGAUUUGGUUCACUGUGUGGGUUAUUGGUUAUUUUAAAACAAUGAACCGUUGUAUUGACUCAGCAGUGUACUGAAGAUUUUAUUUUUUUAUUUUUCCAGUUUUCAUUACUCCACCUCCCAUUUUAAGGGUAUUUGCAUGGAGUUGUUUAUUUUGUUUGGAAAAGUGUAUAGGUUAUGGAAACCAGUGGAGUUGUGGAAAUGAAGAAAUUGUACAUUGUGUAAAAUGAUUCAUUAGGAAACAGUUUUACAUAAUUUCCAUAUUUAUUGUUUUGAUUUCUAUUGCCUAUUCCGAGUUUCCUGAAGCAUACAAAGAACACAAUAAAUGCAUCAGAAUGCUCA